AUGACGAUUGACAAUCGAACAUUAUCAAUGACAAUACCAUAUUCAUUAAAUAAUAAUCAUGAACAAGAAAAUUUAUUUGUACAAAUAUUAACACGACAUAUAUCGGAAAAACCUUUUAUACGUUUUAAUUUAAAUAUGAUUCAAUGUUUAGAAAAUCAAUCAUUGAAUUGGACAUCUGUUGAAUCAUCAUUAACAUUACGUGGUGAAUUUGUUCGAACAGUAUUUACUGAUACAAAUAUUAUGUAUUUAUCAUCUGGUUUAACAUAUUUAAGAAAUUUAACAAGUAUUGAUUGUUUAACAAAAACACUUUAUCGUACUGAUAAAAAUGAAUUAUUUCAAGUUAAUUUUAAAAUUGAAUCAACAUUAAAUGAUUUUUGUUCAGAUGAACAUUUAUGUUAUCCAUUAAAUAUAUAUCAAUGUAAUCAUGAACAACAUCGUUGUAUUUGCCGUUCACCAUUACAAUCUUAUUUAACUAAAGAUCAACAAUUAAUAUGUAUACAUGCUGUGAAAAAUAUUGAUCAAUGUACAAUAGAAAAUGUUCGUUGCUUAGAAUGGUGUCAUUUAAAUAGUUCAUCAACAGUAUGUACAUGUCCAAAAGAUUUAGCAAUUAAAAAGUAUUUGAAUGAUGAGAGAGCUUAUUGCGAAGGUCAGAAGAAUGGAAUAUGUGAUUCGUUUAUUCAAUGUCCAUUAGGAGAUAUUUGUACGCAUGGAACUUGCCAGAAUAGUGAUAAUAGAUUGCGUAAUAUCUUGUCGUUGGACAUUAUUACUAUUUCAAUAAUUGUUGCAUCUCUGAUACUGUUUGUAAUUAUUAUUAUUCUUGUUGUAAGUAUGUAUUUAUUACGUCGACAUCGAUGGAAAAAACAUUAUCACUCAUCGAUUGAUCGUGUCUACAAAAAAAAAAGACAGCAAACAAAUAUCCCGACAACGAGUGAUUAUGAUAAUGUUAUUUAUGGAGUUUUUCGUAAUAAUGUUCAAGUAUCAUCAAGAAUAGUAUCAUCUAAUGAUGAUACUAUUACUGAUUCAUCACCUUUUACAACAUCUGAUUCAACAUCUUAUCAUCCGAAAAUUGUUUUUCUUGGUGGUGAACAACAAUUAACAGCAAUAUAUGCAUAA